AUGUCCGGCCCCGCCUCGACCUGGUGGCCGCUGACUCAGUUUCACCUGAAACUCUGCGGGAGGCGGCGGCCUCGGUCCGUAGGGCUCACGGUCUGGGAAGGACUAGGCAGCCACCGGAGCCUCUCCUGGGGCACCGGGAACAGCCCCGCCCCGCGCCAUUUACCUGCGCAGGUUCCAAACACCUUCGGAACACAGAGCUACCCUAGAAAGGCUAACCUUCUUGGGAGGAAGGUGAUCCUCCCCAGGAGGAAGAUGACCCCCAGCUACUGCCCCGAGGCCUGGAUCACGACUGCCCUGUGGCUCCUGGUGACGUCCAACCUUCUAGACACAGUGACUGGGCAGCCACCUGUGCCCCCUGGGAAACUGACUGGUCCCAUGUGUUUGGAUCAGUUUACAGUUGGGGUACCAGACUUUGUACUGGACUUAGACGCCUCCGUUAGCAAUGGGGCUACUUUCUUGGGUUCUCCAGUCGUGCGCAGGGGCUGGGAUUGCGCCCGUGCCUGCUGCACCACCCCAUCCUGCAACCUGGCCCUGGUGGAACAGCAGCCAGGUGGGGAUGAGGACGCCAUCAAAGCCUGCUUCCUUCUCAAUUGUCUGUAUGAGAAUACUUUUAUCUGCAAGUUCUCCAGAAAGGAGGGUUUCCUUAACUACCUUACCUGGGAUGUAUACCGAUCCUACCGACAGCUGAGGAAACAAGGCUUCAGAGUCUGUGGGCCGGGGGCUCAGGAGGGCCACUACCCUGAGGGCAUGCUUGGGACUUGUGGCUGA